GCCAGCUGAGCAACAUAGAUACAGAUAGAUUUGAUUAAAUGUUUGUGAACUCCCAAUGCCCCCCAGAAAGGGAAAGUGAAACUUUGGGCUAGCGUCUCAUCCACAAAAAUAGGACGUUCGUGCAGGCUCCAUUUUACGAUCGCAGAGAGACAGAAGAGGUCGGGAGAAGAACUCUAACCAGUGAAUUGCGAGCGGUAGCUCUGAUAACCAGGACGCUGUAAAAAUGGCUGGCAUACUUGCUCUGCAACUCUGGAGAAGGAGGAUGGAGGAGGAAGAUGAGGACAGCGACACUGACAGCGACAGUGAUGAAGAGGAGGAUAGCGACAGCGACAGCGAUGAAGAAAGGAGGAGACGAAGGAGGAGGAGAAGGAGGAUGGUGAUGGACAUUUCAGAGACGGAAGAAGUGGACUCCCGUCGGCUCCGGGGGCAAUUAGGGGCGGGGCCGUUCAGCUUAGAUGGUGAGGUGGGCUGGGUGUCCGCGAGACGGAGCUUCCGCACUCCACACUCCUCUGGAAGCGAGUCCAGAUCGGCUUUGUGCGCGAGCGCCGGGGCAGGUAUCGCAGGAGUCGGAAGAGUUUCUGCUUCCGCCGGCGUUUAUUCGUCGACCAGAAUGAGGUCGGAUCGCGGGAGAACGAGCGUGGAGUACAACGCGGGAGCGAAUGUAGGGAUCGGUGUCGGAGACGAUAUUCCGAUAGGCGUGGGAGCUAACGUGGGCCUGAGAGUGGGGGACAGAGGGGAGGCGGAGGUGAGUGCAGGGGUGAACGUGUUGGGGUUGGGGCUGCAGGCUGGGAUGGGAACCAGAGGGCCGAGUCUCGGGCUCAGCGUGGGGCCGGUGAAGAUGAAGAUGCUGGGCUUCUAGCACAAUAUGGAGUGAGCAGGUGUGCUAACGUUUCAUCAGACAACACACCUCCACACACACACACACACCCUCACUGUCUCACUCACUCACGCGCACACGCUCACUGUCUCGCACGUUCACACUCUCGCGCGUGCACACACACACACACUCUCACACAUACACACUCUCAUGCACAGUGCACACACACACAUGCACAGUGCAGUCACAUUACAACACAUAUAUGAUGGCUGUGUUCUUACAUUUCAGACAGAAUAGACAAACAACCUCUCCACCAGUCACUGAGUAUGUUGGUAACAGCCAAUGUAACAACACUGACACCGACUGGUGGAUAGUUUCUGGCUGGACUUGUGUGAUAAUUUCAGGGAUAAAACUGCCGUUGACCCAUAGAUCACUUGAAUCUCAUCCGGAGAGGAGCUCCACCAAUCAGAGUGUAUGUUGGUAACAACAAUUCAAACCCAAAUGGUGAUUGGUUUGGCGUUCGCCUCUGAAGCCCCUGUAUGCUAAAGUUACAGUUUACGCUUACUUUAUUGUCCCUCGAUCCCUUCAAGGUGCCAGGAAUGUUUGCAUUGAUAUGACGGAUCUGAAAAUGACUGCGGGCGUGUUCCUCCUGUUCAUGCACUGUUAAAGCGCGUGAUGGUGCCAAGGCAACACUGCGGCCUAUUAUGAUGUCACCCAGGCAUCUUGUAUUGCUCUCUAGUGGCCCCCACUGGACAUUUGAGUGCCUGCAAGCUGAGGAUUGUGGAUGUCUAUGCUCAGUUAUCGUGCGCUUGAAAAAAUGUACCCAGUAAUGUGUAUUCAAAUGUGACUGUAAAAAUGUGACUGAAAUGUUUCGUAUCAAAUGUAGGUGAAAUGUGUCUAGCUUAAAGUGGCCCAAGUCUAAAAGUAUUAUUUGCAGUUUGCAUUUCAAAUAUGCUAUUUCUUGUUUUCUGUUGUUUUUGCACUCAUUGAAAUUGCAAGUUGUGAUCCAGCACAUCGUGCUCAGGCGCGGGCCCGAUCUGCAGGCGAAAGUGCGCGCCGACGCCGAGUGGCCUUGAGAAAGGCCCGGCUCUUUACGGCCUUGAGAAAGGCCCGGCUCUUUACGGCCUUGCGGAAGGCCCGGCUCUUUACGGCCUUGCGGAAGGGCCACGCUCGUCUUUCCCCAGGUGGAUGGCGAAAUAAAAGAGUCGUCAUUUGGGAGACAAUAAGGAGGCGACACACGACGUGUCAACAUUUUUCUUUAACAAUAAUUUUGUGGGCAAAUUGUGUGCACGUUUCGGAGCCUGACCGUUUGCCAGAGCCCCUGCUUAAUAAAGUUGUUGAGUUUCAAUUCCA